AUGUCAGGCAAAGGAGAGGAGAGGGAGUCUCGGGGUGAACUCAGUGAAGGAGGACCAGAGUGGCUCUCUAAAUACAUCAACGAAAAGCCUCAAAAACCGGGACACUACCCAAAAUGGCUCGAGGAAAAAUGCCCCGACGGCUCUGGUUCUAAACACAGGAGACCGCCAUCACCACAUUUCAAGAGAAUUCCUCGUCGUUCACCGCCUCGUUCACCUCCCAGGAGAUCCAGAGAAGAUCUAAAGAGGCCGCGAGAAAGAGUAAGAGAGGAGCUACCAUGGUGGGACGAACGUGAUAGAAGAAGGGAGGAGCCUCCAAGGCUAAGAAGAUCAAGAGAAGAUGACUUUCCAUUUGAUUUAGAAGGUCCAAAACUAGUAGAGUCGUUUGACUACCAGCAUGGGAUGGGCUCUCAUAAAAGGACAAUGAACGAAAUGGAGCCUCCUUUGAAAAACCCUCGAAUCAAUCCUGAUUUUAUGGGAGAUACUGACUCCCAUUUUGGUCAGUCAUUUAGAAGCAGAGAGCGUCCUCCAAGAUCAAGGGGACGUGGCGGUCGUCCUCCAUCAAGAGGUCGUGGUGGCCGUGGCGGUGGCCCGCCUCAAAGAUCUCAACCAUUUGAUGACUGUACGUUUUACGAAGGAGAAGAGAGGGAGCUACCAAACGUUGAAGAAAAGGGCAAGUCUUUGUACUGUAGCUUCUGUGAUGUGACGACGACAGAUAUCGAGCAGUUGCAGAUCCACCUUUUAGGAGCCAAGCAUUUGAAAACCCUCCGUAAGUUGGGAAUAGAGGAUGAGAUAGGGACUUUGAGUGAAGCUGCUAAAGAAGUCAACGAAGCCUUUGGGAAUACUUUGGUUCCUCCUCCUCAGGUAAAGUUUCUAUAUUGCAAAGUGUGUCGUGGGACGCCUUUCAGUGAUCAGUUAGGACCACACAUAGCCAGUGCAGCCCACAUUGAUGCUGAAAAGAACUGGAAAUUUAGAGGGCGAGUUUUACCAUCUUUUAAGAACAUGUUCAGUGAGGAAGAGUUAGGGGAAGAGGAGAUAGAACCCACAGGUGAACCGGCUCCGGAGGAAACCUACAAAGGGGCAUUGCCACUUCAGUGUAAAUUAUGCAACGUCUAUGCAACCAGUUUCGAGGAAUUUAAAAAGCACCUGGUUGGUAAAAGACACCAGGGCAUGGUACGAAAGUCAGCCUUAGAGGGAGCUGGAGUCAUGGGGAGCACACCUGUUGCUACCAUACAACCUUUCCAGUCCUACUAUUGUGAGAUUUGUAAAGUGACUUGUGUCAACCAACAAAGUUUAGAUAUACAUUUCAAGAGUACCGAACACGCUUGUAAUGUACUUGUAGGUGGAAACACAACUGGAGGCGUGGCCCCAGGGACGCAGUACUGUGACGUCUGUGAGAAAACGUACGACAAGAAGGAGUGGUCUGAGCAUUUUACUAAUGGGGAACACAGUAUGAACUUUCAAAAGAAAACUGCAAGAGGGUAUCCUAAUACCAACCCUGGGACUGCCCCAAUACCUCCCACUCAAAUUAAUACAAAUUAUCAGCAACAGCAACCAACUCCUCCAGCAGUACCUCAAGUUGGUCCUCCAGCAGUACCUCUAGUUGCUCCUCCUGCAGUACCUCCGGUUGCUCCUCCAGCAGUACCUCGGGUUGCUCCUCCAGUUGCUCCUUCUGUUCCUCCUCCUACUGCACAGUAUCCCUUUCAGUCUUGGAAUCAAAAUCAGAUCAACCAGACUCAGUGGAAUCAGAUGGCAUCCACACAACAAGUGCAGUACCCAGCUCCCCAGCAACAUGCUUGGAAUCAGACCCAGUCUAGCCAGCCUCAGACCCAAACCACUCAAUACCUUCAAACCCAAACUGCAAGUCAAAUUGCUCAGACCCAAUAUCCUCAGACUGCUCAGUAUCCUCAGGCUCAAACUGUUCAGUAUCCUCACACUCAAACUGUUCAAUAUGCUCCUCAGGCCCAAACUGCGAGUCAAUAUAUUCAGACUCAGACUGCUCAGUAUCCUCAGGCCCAAACGGUUCAGUAUCCUCAGACUGGAGGUCAGACUCCUCAGUAUCCCCAGCCUCAAGGAAUGGCCCAGUGGUCUCAACAGGCUCCUGCGGGAAGUGUACAAUACUCAGUGCAACAAGGGAGUCAGUAUUAUGCUCAAUGGAUGCAACAGCAGCAGCAGCAGCAGAUUGCUUGGGCUCAGAAGCAAGCAGGAUACCAGGCUGGUACUGCAUGGCCUCAGGCGCCAUUACCUGCUAAAAAGUAA